GACAUCGUAAUGCAAUUAAGUAUUAAUAAACAUUUUUAUAUUUCAGAUCCGCAGCAGGUGAACGAGUUGCAAAGUGGACGUCGCAUCUACGGGGGACAAGAAGCAAAGAUCGAACGGUUUCCAUUCAUGGCUAGUGUGCAGUUCUUCAAGAAGUUCCAGUGCGCCGGCUCCAUCAUCACGGCUGAUGUGGUCAUCACUUCGGCUUCAUGUCUUCAGUUAGCUUGGAACAACCGUUUCUACAACGAGAAUCCAGCCUUCCUGUCGUUGCAAGUGGGGAGCACUUACUAUGAACACGGAGGGGAGAACAUCCCCGUGCUGGAGAUACAUUUCCAUCCGAACUACGAACCUAAGACUUUGGGUAAUAAUUUGGCGCUAUUGAGGAUGGUGAGAGCUCUGUCGUUCGGGAGGAAGCAGAAGAAGAUUAAGAGGAUAGACAUAGAUCGGAAUCCGUGGCCGCUGCCCUCAAAUACUGAGGGCAUCACUAUAGUUGGCUGGGGAGCAAGAAGUCUCAACACCCACAUUAUUGAACAAGCUCGGAAGAAUAGGCUGACUUAUGCUGUUUUGGACUUUUAUCCACAUGAAGAGUGUCAAGAAAUAUAUUCCAGCGAGUUCGUGACGCGCCAUAACUUCUGCGCUGGAUUCUUCUCCAAGGGCGGCGGCGCGUGUAAUCGUGACGCAGGAGGUCCGGGCGUUGUUGACGGCGUUCUCGUAGGAGUCGUCAGCUUCGGUUCUCCAAGUUGCGGAGCUCCUGACGCUCCCACUGUAUUCACCAAACUGGGCUACUACACUGACUGGAUCGAGCAAAUCAUGGAACAGGAGGUACCAUCUGGGAAAGCUUUGACGACACGCAAACCAGCUAAGAGAACAACAUUUAAUAUAGCUGCCACUUACAUACAUACGUCUGCAAAUCUUAAUAUACAGCCAAUAACUGAAGAUUUUGACACUACAGCAGAAUCGACCACAGAAAAUGUAAAAAAGGCAAUUCGAACAGGAAAACAAGAUUUUACAGAUUUCCUCGAAACAUUAUUUGAUAGCGAAGAAGUCACUGAAUCUUCAGGCAAUGAUGAAGAAACAGAUAGUGAGGAAGAGAUAGGGUCAGAAAUACAUGUUAAAAAGAAAAACAAAAAGAAGAAAAUGAUAAGGAAAAAGAAAUUAAAACGUAAACAUAAACAGAAAAUUGGAAAGGGUCCAAAUAUAAAAGAUCUCGACCAAAACAAGUUGAGUACUACCAAGACUAGGAUAGUGAAAAGGCCAUUAAACCUGAGACCUGCCACAGAGCGUACUACUCCUGCAGUAAACAAUAAUCAAAAAACAAGAGUCACUAGGAAGUUAGUUAAGGAAUACGAUAUUUUUGCCUCUGAGGAAAUGAUCACACCACCUUACGCGAAAGCUGAAUCUAAACAACUAUCCGAUGUGAGUUACGGUUAUAGCGAUGAAGACAAAGAAAAUAUUGAUGAUUAUAGUGAUGAAUAUAAUGAUGAAGAUGAAUUAGGAAGUUCUGAAGACCAACAAAAAGUAGACGAGGUUAUCGAGGGUCUGGUAGAUAACAUAAACUUAAACGAAAUCCUGGGAUCCGAUGAAAAUUUAUUUGAUGAUGAUAGUGAACAUGAAAUCGCAAAAUUGAUCAACAAAAACGAUAAACAUAAAAAGGUCAAGUUGGUUGACACGAACCCUUAUUUGGCAGGCUUGACGAAAAAAAGACUACAAAAUAAAGAUCUAGAUGAGACGGACGACUUUGGUAAAAGUCAUGAAGAUGAUAGAGAAGGCGACAGUGAAAACGACAGCAAUACAGAGCAACGCAUUUCUUUGGAGCGUAAACAUUCAAAUAGUAAUAAGAAAAAGAAAAUUCCAGAUGAUGAUGAUGGUGAUGAUGAUAAUAAAAAAGUAAAGAAAAAUAAUAAACACGUCAAAGGAAAAGGAAAGAAAAAUAAUAAACACGUCAAAAGAAAAGGAAAGAAAAAGAAGCAGAAAAUUACUACACGAGAAAAAGAGGUACACCGCACUACCCAGAGAAAGAUGACAAUGAUGAUAGAUGAUACCACUGAAAAAUACGAGAAGGAUGAAGGUAAAAAAGCUGUCGCCGAAUAUUUGGAAAAUCUAAGAGCCAGAGUAGUUAAAAAUAAGGAAGAUAAAGUUAAAAGAAUAGAUAUUCAUAAGAAAAGGAGACAAAAAAAUCAGGAUAAAAAUAAAGAUGACGAAACCAUUGAUGCUAAGGAAAAGAAGAAACAAACUUCAAAUGGAGACAACGAGGAUGAACAUGCCUUUGGUGACGAAUUAAAAAAGCAAAUCUAUUUCAAAGCUAUUGAAGAUAUUCUUAAGAAAAAGAAGAAUGUUAUUGCAGAAGAUGCUGUAGUUCAAGAAUCAACUAAACAUAAGAAAAAGCAGUUAAUCAGUGCGAAUCCGAAAACGGACGUUGAAAAGUUAAUGAUGGAUAAAAUCUAUGAGGUAAUGAAAAUGAAAACAGCAGCAACAUAUGAUAGUGACAAUUUGGCUGAUGAAGAAGACAUUAAAAAGUUAGUUCAACAAAGUAAAGAUGAUGCAGACAAUAGCAAUGACCCCGUGGACGUAAUCACUAGAAAUAUUAAAAAAGACGGCAAAAAAGUUAAAUUGAAUACAGAAAAUAAUAGAGAUGAUGAAAGUGAUGAAAAAUUAAGAAUGCUAGCGAAACUAAUGAAAAGUAUGAAGCUGAAGAAAAAUGCCAAUAAAGGGAAUCGCAAUAGUACUGAGAAUCUGUUUAAGCUUAUAGUUGGAUCUGGUGACAUUUACAAGUUGCUUUUGGAGAACGCAGGUUAAAAUAAAUGUAUGAGU